AUGACCCCAGGGAUUACGCCCGAGAGGCUCGACGGGUUGUCGGCCGAAUGGAUAGACGAGACCAUAAAAGCCUUGAGAGAUGAGUCGUUCCAAUUCCGUCCAAUAACCUAUAUACCAAAUAAGUCAGGCGGCAUGAGAGCGCCAUGA